UCAUUCAUUCAAUAAUUUUUUUAUCAUUCAAAAAUAUUCAAAAUGAGAAAUUCCGUUGCUAUCUUGGCUCUUGUCAUUUUCGUUCUCACUUUCAUCAGUUCUGAAGUCUCUGCCUCUUAUUCAAGCUGUCAAAAGGAUUUGAAAAAAUGUAAAAAAGAAAAGAAAGAAGAUCGUCUUGUAAUUGGUCCAAGCAAAGAUGCUUUUAAAAAGAAUUUGCCUCAAGAUUUCUGUGCAAUCUUCAAAAAAGGUGGCUCAAAAGAAGGUCAACUUAGACAAGCAAAUGGAACACAAAUUCUUACAGGUGUUUGCUCUAAUACACCACAAGGUGAAAUUCCAAAAGUUGAAAAUAUGCCAUCAACCCUUAUCCUUUACCCAGACAAUGGUGAUAAAAUUAAGAAAAAUGAACCAUUUACUAUUAAAGUUAAAACACAAAAAUUAGAACUUGGGUUUUUCAGUGAUCCAGCAAUUACAUAUAACACUUUUCCUCAAGUUUUAAAUAAGCAUGGUUUGAUUCAAGGUCAUCAACAUGUUACUAUCCAAUUUCUCGGCAAAGAUAAAAAUAAUUUAGACUUUCCCGAUGCUACUAAAUUUGAUUUCUUCAAAGGUCUCAAUGACCCUUCUAAGGAUGGAAUCUUAAAUGUUAAAGUUGAUAAAGGUUUACCAAAGAAAGGUUUAUACAGAAUGUGCACCAUUAUCUCAUCUUUCUCUCAUCAAUCUGUUGUAUUGCCCAAGGCACAAAGAGGAGCUAGCGAUGACUGCGUUCGUUUUAGCGUCGUAUAAUAAAAGGCGAUUCUUCUUUCUUUCUUUCUUUU